AUGGCGUUUUCGCUACGCUCGCGUGCGGCGGCGGCGGUGCUGCAGCUGAUUUUCACGAUACUCAUCGGCUGCGUCCUGUGUUCCGGUUCCGCGACGGUGGAGGGGCACAACGACCGCCUGCCGCAGCCCAGCUGGAGCCGCACCUGCACCUCCCCGUACGAGGUAUGCUCCACCAUCGAGGUGUACCAGUAUUGGGAGGAGAAGAAGAAUCGCUUGAGUUUCACUGUGGAUGCAAUGAUGAAAGACCCGAACGCGAAGAACGUGCUCACCGUGUGGAUGUUGAUGGAUGACCCCAAUGUCAACGUGGCGAAGGACAUCUUCCGUGAGAACAUAAACGUUGUCAUUGUGCGCCCGCGCGGCUCAAAGCAAACGCCAUCGUUCAUGACGUGCCCGAAUACCUCGAACCCCUACAACAAGCAGUGCUGGAUGUCAGAGGCCUGCGCGGCGGAGCUAGCGGCGGCAGCGAGCAGCAAGAGCAACCCUCUUAACAUGUCGCACUACUCGGCGAACCAGGUAGCGCACGAUCUCGACUGGGCGCUGCGCACCCUCGGCGAUGGCCGACCCAAUGUGGUCUUGGGCCAGGGCCUGAGCAGCAUGUUGGUUCUUCGUCUCCUGCAGUAUCACCAAGACACCAAGGCAGCAGUGGUACUGUUAGACUACGUGCACCCGCUCAUGUUCGACGUUUACAAUUACUUUGGCGGCGGCAGCAUGGUCGCUGCCCUGCAGCACGUCCUUACCAUGUGUGAUGACCAGGCAGCUUGUGUGGGACGACUGGGCGCAGCGGAGGGGUCGUGGAACCGUUUGUUGACGGUCAUACAUAUGGCGAAAGAGGGCAAGCUCUCGUGCGCAUCGCGUCUAAAGUGGGGGCCCCGCAAAGGCGGCAACGCCGCCUUUGCCGAUAAGCUGCACGAGAAGCUGGCCCUCAUGCUGCGGUACCCCGUCUACCCCUUCCUCGCCAGCAAGCCCGGUCUGUUGAACUUGAUCCCGUCGCUGCUUUACAGGGUGCAGCGCUGCAACAAGAAGGACGUCGAAGCGCUCAACAAGCUCCACGACUACUUGAGUGCCGCGAAGAACUAUGAAUGCCCUGAAAGUGUUGCCUUGCAUAUGCACUGGCUCGUAAACGAAUUCCUCCAGGCGGCGCCGCCGAGCAGCCUCCGCUCGUUUCGCAGCAGUGCGGCGGCGAAGCAUCUGAUCCUACCUCCCUUCCAUUCAUUGUCCGCUUUUCACGAUGCCGUCAAGAAGUUCCCGCGCAUCUCACGCAGCGCUGAGUCGAAGAAGCUGCCGGUCAACGCCACGCAGUCGAUCCUUCUGCUCACCGCCGACGCCGACGCGCUGCUGCCCGAAGGUGCAGCCAGUCAGGUCGCCCUUUCCUUCCGCCAACUUGGAGACUCGGUGCAGCUGCGUCAGCUUCGCGGUAUCGUGAACCAUCCGUGCGCUGUGCUGACGCCGUGUCUGGUGAACAAUUUGAAGAUGUUCAGGGAUCACGGGGUGUGGGCGGAUGAGGAUCAGUGCACGCUUGACGUCGCCCACAAGAUCGACUUCAUCAACGGUGCAACCGACAUCUACUACGGCACAGGCGACGCCUGGGACUUUGACAAGCCAAAUUCCGACGAAACAAACGGCGGUCGUGAUGAUGACGAGGGCGGCUUCCACUUUAAGUGGCGUUUCAUUGCUCGCGCACUGCUCGCGCUGCUGCUGCUUGGCGGCAUUGGUGCCGCCGGCUACUUUGCUUUCACCUAUCUUAAGACGAACGGCCCCUUCCACUACAGCCGCGUCAGCGACAACUUUUACGAAAACCUGCACCAAUAG